CAACACUGACAUGCUCGAGCGUCAGUAUCUGAACACCUCCGACACUGAACUUGAGGCUCCCUCACAACCUUCAGUUUAGGAGGAAAUCCUAAAAUAAUCGAGCAUGAAUCUGAAGUGAGACGGAAGCGUUUUGGAAGUCGAAGGAAAAAGCAAAAGAAGAUAACUUCAUCUUUUUGGAUUCUUGGACAUUCGAAGUGGAGAUAUGGCUCGCGUUCUUGUCUUUGUUAACUCAGUCGGACUGUUGCUCUUCGGUAGUGAAAUGUUUCUGGUGGGAGCAAACCGUCCACCUGCUCCUGUUAAUGUGUCAGUCAUGCACCUGAGAGCUGAUUCAGCAACUGUGUCCUGGGAGGUGCCUGAGGGUGACAUUAUCAUCGGCUUUUCCAUCUCCCAACAGAGAAUGGACGGCAAAAUGCAGAGGUUUAUCAGGGAGGUGAACACCACCAGCAGGUCCUGUGUGCUGUGGGACCUGGAGGAGGAGACAGAUUACAUUAUCCAAGUGCAGUCCAUCGGCCUUUACGGAGAGAGCCAGGCCAGUAAACGUGUCCACUUCAGAACCCUGAAGAAAACAGACCGCUUCCCCUCAAACAGUUCAAACCAAGAUGACCCGACUGUCCAAGGCCUGGAUAAAUCUCGACACCUGCAAACAGGAGAGAUGAUCAUCAUUGUGGUGGUGCUUCUUAUGUGGGCAGCCGUAAUUGCCUUGUUUUGCCGGCAGUAUGACAUAAUAAAGGACAACGAUUCCAGCAACAGCAAAGAGAAGGUAAAACCAUCCUCAGAGAGAAGCACACCGGAGCAUCACAGCGGGGGUCUGCUGCGGAGCAAGUUCCACCAGUCUGUGCCAUCGAUCAACAUCAUCGAGGUGUGAUGGGAGUAUCGUAGACGUCAGUCAUGCCCUCCGACGCAGUAUCAGGAUGACAGUAUGGAUCACCACACGGUCAAAAACCCAUCAGCUACACUGCUGUAUCGGCCCACCCAUAUACACAUAUUAAAGCUAUCUACUGGGACUGUAAAUAACGUACAUUGCGCAUAUGACUGGAUGUCUAUAUUUUAUGAUGG